GGUCUAUCAUGACGCAAAACAUGCCCCACAGAGAUGGUAGAUUGUCAAAAUCGACACCCUAGGGUGGACAUUGAUUUUACCCUGCGACGCGUAUUUGGUAAAUCAUCUUUUCGUCCUCUUCAACGUGAAGUUAUAGCGGCAGCUAUAGAUGGCCAAGAUGUUUUCUUACAAGCUGCUACUUCAUUUGGAAAGAGUUUGUGCUUUCAGCUGCCUGCCGUUGUCAGUCAUGGUGUCACACUCGUGGUAUCGCCACUUCUUUCUCUUAUGAUAGAUCAAGUAGCCGCACUCGAGGCCAAUGGAGUACCCGUUGCUACUAUCAAUGGUAACACGCCAUAUGCCGAAAGAAGAACAAUCAUGGACGACCUUUUGUCUGGUCAUCCAAAAAUUCGAUUACUUUAUGUGACUCCUGAGUUCUGCAGCACCGAGACUUUUCGGCGGAAUCUCAUAAGGAUCUAUGCACAAGGAGAACUAAACCGUGUAGCCAUAGACGAGGCUCAUUGUAUUAGCGAAUGGGGCCACGACUUUCGACCAGCAUAUAAAGAACUCUCUUGGUUCAAGAACAAUUUCAAACAUCCUCCAGUGCCCAUCACAGCACUUACUGCAACUGCAACGCCUCCUGUGCGCAUGGAUAUUAUCAACUUAUUAGGCCUCGAUGUCAGAACGCUGAAGAUGUUCAACACCUCAUCUGCCCGCCCUAAUAUCCACUAUGAAGUACGGUACGUGGAGGGUGAAUCCAAUGACUGUACUAUGGGAGAAUCUGAGGACCCUAAAAUACAGCACUUGUUGUCAUGGUUGAAACUCGUCCGUGGCCGGCGUGACUCUCGUCUUAACCCUAGUGCGCAAAGGGAGUUGACAAGAACGAAGGCUCCUUCAAUGUCUGGGAUUAUUUACGUACCAUUACGAUCGGUUGCCGACUGGCUUGCCCGCAUGCUUUCAGGCUCGGAUAAUGAUAUUCGAGCAGUAGCUUAUCAUGCCGGACUGCCAAAUAGUGAGCGAAACCGAAUCCAGACAAUGUGGACAUCAAAGGGACCGGCCCCGGUUCAAGACAACGAGCCAGUCCCUGCCUUCUCGAUAAUCGUAGCCACAGCUGCGUUUGGUAUGGGGAUAGACAAUCCUCAUGUUCGCUUUGUAGUUCACUGGACACCUCCGCGAAGCUUCGAGGGGUUUGUCCAGGAAUCUGGUCGUGCUGGGAGAGAUGGACGCGCAGCAAUGUCUAUUGUAUAUUACAGCUACGAGGAGCGCGAGAGAGUCUCAGAGAGGAUAAAAAUGGAUGAAAACCCUAAGGCAGGCUCUCGUCGCCGCUACAUGCCACAAACUGCCGCCAGCAAAGAGCAUUCAUUGAAAGCACGUGUUGAAAGCUUUCAAAAAGUUGUCCAAUACUGUGAAAGUACAUGGCGAUGUAGACAUGAGAUCAUCAAGGAUUUUUUUGGUGACUUUGAGCUUGAGAUGAUGGGAAGUACUCAAGCAGAUAUUUCCAGCCAAUUUGUGUUAUCAUCAUCGCCACUAGACGAAGAGCUUCCCACGUCGCCUUGUGAUUUUGCAUGUGAUGUUUGCAAGUACGGUGCAGAGGAAAUUAAAAAACGAAAAGAAAAAAUUGAUGCAAACGAUGAUAAUAGCACCGCGUGCCAGAGGGGCAUAGCAAGAGUACAGCCUUUUCACGCGGUUCUCAGCUUACGAUUGGACCACUAGUUAACUAAAAGGCCACAUGGUAGAAAGGCCAAUUCUUGCAUCCAACAGCAGGUGCAUUGAUUAUAUAGAUCAUAUGAUAACGAGUGGUCAGCGACUUUUUUCUUCGGUGUCAUUAGAGUUUGUCCGGAAAUCUACA